AUGUCCGCCAAUCAUUCAAAGACCAUUGUUAUCAAAUGUAAAAAAUGUAAUGAAGUGAUAUCACCUGACGAAAAAUAUUUGCAUGAUGGUGAGAACACAGUACAUAUUCAUUGUUAUAAUUGUUCGAGUUGUAAUAAGUCACUUGCUGGCAUGUUUUAUUAUCGUUACAAAGAUCUACGUGACGAUGAAAAGAAAAAUCUUUAUUGUGAUUCAUGUUAUUAUCGUUUAGCACCAGUUUGUUUUCAAUGUUUAAAAAUAAUUGAUGAUAUUUCAUUAACAUAUGGUGAACGUAUUUUUCAUCCAAACUGUUUCUGUUGUGAUCAUUGUCAAAAAGCAUUUAAAGGUGCAUUAGUUUUUCCUUAUGAAAAUCAUAUUUAUUGUUCAAAUUGUUAUAAAAAUGUUCAAAAUGAUUUUCAUCCAGCUUCGUCAAUUGUUUCAACAUUACGGUGUUCUAUAUGUAGAAAACAAUUUCAACCAGGUGAUCUUAUUACUAAACAUCAAGUAUGUAUCUUAUUAUACAUAUAA